GCUGACGGUGUGCGCUACGCUCUAUUUCCGCCACUAUUUGAAAGCUGAUUAUUGUCGUACGGCCAGCAUUAAUGUCACACGUAUUUCAGUUGUAGCACUUAAAUCCGUGAUUUUCCACGUGUAAAGUUAUAUACUCUGUAUACCACUGGUAUCCUGUAGCUGAUGGACUUCCAAGGUACGGAGCCAAUGACUUUGGGGUCUCCUACCUCCCCCAAGCCUGGAGCACAGUUCUUACCGGGGUUUCUGAUGGGUGACAUCCCGGCACCCGUCACCCCUCAGCCACGAUCCUUCGGUGGGAGUGCAGCUGGGCUGGAAAUGAGAACGACUGGCUUGGCAGGUGGUUCACCCCCGCAGCCCGUGGUCCCCACGCACAAAGAUAAGAGUGGGGCCCCCCCGGCGAGGAGCAUAUACGAUGACCUCACCAGCCCGGGCAUAGGCGCGUCUCCUCUCAGCGCACGCAAGCAGCCUUUCACCGCUAUGCAGUCUCCUCUGACCGGCUUGGUAGCCGCCACUCCAGCCACACUGUCUAACGUGUUCAGUCCCGCCAGCGCGGGGGUUCAGAGGGCCUCGGUCCUGUCCCCGGCCCAGGUCGACCCUUUCUACACCCAGGGGGAGACCCUGUCCUCGGACGAUCGCCUGGACGACACCUGGAUCACCGUUUUCGGGUUCCCCCCGGCAUCAGCCUCUUAUAUCCUCCUGCAGUUCGCCCAGUAUGGAAACAUCCUGAAACAUGUGAUGUCAAACUCUGGAAACUGGAUGCACCUUCACUACCAGUCUAAGCUGCAGGCCCGAAAAGCCCUCAGCAAAGAUGGAAAAGUGUUUGGAGAGGCGAUCAUGAUCGGGGUUAAGCCUUGUAUAGACAAGACUGUGAUGGAGGGUUCAGACAGGGGCAGCUCCUCCUCGGGUUCGGUGUUCACGUCCCCUCUGAAGGGCGGGAACACGCCCAGCCAGCCCGUCUCCACCCCCCGCUCCGCCAUGAGGCCCCUUAGCGCCGCCUACAAGGCCUCCAGCAGCGACUACCAGGUGGUUUCUGACAGACAGACCCCAAGAAAAGACGACAGUUUCGUUUCUAAAGCAAUGGAGUACAUGUUUGGCUGGUGAAUCGCUGCCUGUGCAGAUCAUGAAAACCUUAAAUAUUUAAUGAGCAAAAGUAAUGCUGUCAGGCUUGUCAUUUCAACGCUGCCGGGACACAGCUGCUGUUCCUUAAGACUUCUAGAUACAGAUGGGAAUAUCGCACUUUAUCUUAUGGUUGGUGCAGGCUAUGGGCUGCAGGACAUGAAUAAGUGAUCCAUUGUAUAUGUUGUCUAUGAUUUGAAGGCUAAGCGGAAACUUAGCAUGCAAACAGAAACAAAGUCCUGCAAACUGAAGAGUGCCAUGUGGUCUGUGAAGCAUAAGGAUUACCAAAGCCAAGUGAAACCAUGAACCGGUGCAGAUGGCUACUCAGGUUUGAAAUUGUGGCCAGAAUUGGAAGAAUGCAAGUGAUAUCAGGACUAGGUUGUUAAUUUGUCAUUAUGGCAUAAAGCAAAAUAAUUACAUUUUUAAAAAUGAUUUGCUUAAAUUGGAAUGGUUUUCUGAAUUACACUUUUAAAAAUUGCCAAUUAUUCAAACUCCUUCAAUGUUGGCAUGCAACUCUUGUACUUUUCUUUUUUUUCUUUUCUUUGUAUUUUUGUAUUUUUAUAAUGGCCCAAACCUACAGACAUCAGGAGAUUCCACUAGUACUUUUUCCUGUCUCUUAUCUUUUUAAAGCUGUUUGUAUAUAAAAUUUGUGUUUCAAAAUAAAUCUGUAAUAAAUGGUGCAUAUAAUUAUCA